AUGAAGAGGAGGUAUUAAACUCUGUGCUGUUCUAAUUUGUUUCUCUCUAAUAGUCUCUCCUUCCCUAUUUGCCUCUUUCAGUUACAAAUAAUUGCAGAGAAGGUAUUGUAUAUAGAGUGACCUAGUGGAAUGAGACAACCAAAAAAUCACAAAACUCUUGGUCCUAACUAUGACAUAGAAUAUCUGUAUUUUGGCCAACUCUUUUUAAGCACUUCUUAACCUCUCUUCAACCCAACAGAUGUUAAAGUGACACUGAACUCAAUUUCUGGGUUUAGUGUGUAUGAGGGUGAUGAUCUCACAAUAGAUUGUACCCAUAACCUGCCGGUGGGACUUCGCAACCUGCUGGUGUUUGUCUGGCUGAAGGAUAACCACUGUCUGGAGGGCGAGAACAAUAGCAACCUCACCUUGAAAAGAGUAGUAACAAAAACCAACGGGAUAUACGUCUGCACCAUCCAGAGUCCCUGUGGCAACUUCACCUCAGAUUCAAGGGAGAUUAAAGUUGAAGGUUGACAUAUUCGCCAGUCAUAUUUGAGACUUUAAUAUUUGCACUGUUUAUACUUGUGAUUGGAUGUGGAGCUGUCAAGAUAUUGCUUUCAGUCUUACUACUCAGCAAAUGAGCCUAUUGUGUGAAAAGGAAACAUUUUAAAAUGUCCAACCAAUUCCUGGGGACCUCCGUCCCUCUGUGCUUUCCCUCUGUGCUGUCUCCAUGUCUGUCCCUCUGUGCCGUCUCCAUGUCUGUCCCUCUGUGCUGUCUCCAUGUGUGUCAGAACUGACGGUGGUGAUCUUAGUGAUCUGUGGUGUGUCUGUCUCCAUGUGUGUCAGAACUGACGGUGGUGAUCAUAGUGAUCUGUGGUGUGUCUGUCUCCAUGUGUGUCAGAACUGACGGUGGUGAUCUUAGUGAUCUGUGGUGUGUCUGUCUCCAUGUGUGUCAGAACUGACGGUGGUGAUCUUAGUGAUCUGUGGUGUGUCUGUCUCCAUGUGUGUCAGAACUGACGGUGGUGAUCAUAGUGAUCUGUGGUGUGUCUGUCUCCAUGUGUGUCAGAACUGACGGUGGUGAUCAUAGUGAUCUGUGGUGUGUCUGUCUCCAUGUGUGUCAGAACUGACGGUGGUGAUCUUAGUGAUCUGUGGUGUGUCUGUCUCCAUGUGUGUCAGAACUGACGGUGGUGAUCAUAGUGAUCUGUGGUGUGUCUGUCUCCAUGUGUGUCAGAACUGACGGUGGUGAUCUUAGUGAUCUGUGGUGUGUCUGUCUCCAUGUGUGUCAGAACUGACGGUGGUGAUCAUAGUGAUCUGUGGUGUGUCUGUCUCCAUGUGUGUCAGAACUGACGGUGGUGAUCAUAGUGAUCUGUGGUGUGUCUGUCUCCAUGUGUGUCAGAACUGAUGGUGGUGAUCUUAGUGAUCUGUGGUGUGUCUGUCUCCAUGUGUGUCAGAACUGACGGUGGUGAUCAUAGUGAUCUGUGGUGUGUCUGUCUCCAUGUGUGUCAGAACUGACGGUGGUGAUCAUAGUGAUCUGUGGUGUGUCUGUCUCCAUGUGUGUCAGAACUGACGGUGGUGAUCAUAGUGAUCUGUGGUGUGUCUGUCUCCAUGUGUGUCAGAACUGACGGUGGUGAUCUUAGUGAUCUGUGGUGUGUCUGUCUCCAUGUGUGUCAGAACUGACGGUGGUGAUCAUAGUGAUCUGUGGUGUGUCUGUCUCCAUGUGUGUCAGAACUGACGGUGGUGAUCAUAGUGAUCUGUGGUGUGUCUGUCUCCAUGUGUGUCAGAACUGACGGUGGUGAUCAUAGUGAUCUGCUGUGUGUCUGUCUCCAUGUGUGUCAGACUUGACGAUGCUGACCAUAGUGAUCUGUGGUGUGUCUGCUGUGGUGCUGAUCCUGGUCCUGGGUAUAGGCAUGAAGAUCAUGCUGAAGAAGGAAUUUGGUGAGUGAUCACAACAAGAGAAACAAAGAAUAAAACAACAGUAAAUGUGUAACUUUGCAUGUGACUCUCUUGUCUCUCUCCCCAUCUUUCUAUCUUUCUCUCUUUCUCGCUCUACAGCGAAGACCAAGAACAGGAGGCAGCAGAAUGCUCAGAACCUACAGAGCACCACCACAACAGAGUAGCGUUUCAUUUUCAUUUUCCCAAAAAUCCACCAAUUGUCCUUCACGAGAAAAUUGCAAAAAUAUGUCAUGAUUACACUGUAAAUGGAGAAAUAUGUAUCUAACGGUGAUAGUGAUAUGACAUGAUAGUCAGCAAUUACAUUUAUAGAAGCCAUGCAUGUAGGCUAAGUGAUGUUUUCUAAUGGGUACGUUAUGUAGAGUAGCCUAAAAAUAGUAGGCUGCUAGAGUUGUGAUGACUUGAAUCAUGAAUGAAGCAAGAGAGUUGUCCGGUUCCAGCAGCUAUCCCCACUUCACAUUAGUGCAGCAUAGAAAUUAUAUAUUACCCGUCCCGAGUAGCCAUAAUUGUUUAUCUCUGCCAUCUGGAAGGAGCUUGGUCGUGAAAUCUCUGGAUACCGGUUAUCGGUAUUAAACCCUCUUUGGCUACUGACCAGACAAACAUACCUACCCAUUCAGUUUCCACUUGUUUAUGCAGCUGUAUCUAAUAGACUGUACCUUGAACCGAAAAGCAAAUGGAAGUCCUCACACAAAGUCUGCAAAAAACAUUACAGUGAAUACUGUCAUGUUUACUGUAGUAUUUACUAUAGUGGAAGAAAACUGUCAUAUACUGUAAUAUUUACUGUAGUGUUUUGCGGAUUGUAGUAUACUGUA